AUGAUGAAGUGGGCUUUUGUUCUGUGUACCCUGGUGGCUUUCUCCGAGUGUGUUCGGGUGCCCAUGAUCAAGCAUAAGACAGCCCGGCAGGUACUGCAGGAAAAAGGUCUUUGGGGGGAGUACAGAAAAAAGUUCCCACAUCAGCCCAUGGUCAAGUUCCAGCAACAGCAGGAUGGUGUACAGACCAUGACCAAUGAUGCUGAUCUGUCUUACUACGGUGUCAUCUCCCUGGGAACUCCGCCCCAGUCCUUUAGUGUUAUCUUUGACACUGGCUCCUCCAACCUGUGGGUGCCCUCUGUGCGCUGCAGCAGUGCCGCUUGCAAUAAUCAUCGGCAGUUCAACCCUGACUCUUCCAGCACCUUCAAGGGUACUCAACAGAGUCUUCGGAUCCGAUACGGGACUGGCAGCAUGGCUGGAAUUCUCGGCUACGACACCCUGGAGGUGGGCGGAAUCACUGUGAGCAACCAGAUCUUUGGCCUGAGUGAAAGUGAGGCCCCGUUCAUGGAACACAUGGAGCCUGAUGGUAUCCUGGGUCUCGCCUUCCCUUCCAUUGCGUCCGCUGGAGCCACCCCCGUCUUCGACAACAUCAUGAGACAAGGCCUGGUCUCCCAGGACCUCUUCUCUGUCUACCUGAGUGGGGACGGCGAGUCAGGCAGCGUGGUGCUGUUUGGUGAGAUUGACCCUCAAUUCUACACAGGUAGCUUCACCUGGGUUCCUCUGACCUCCGAGACCUAUUGGCAGAUCAAGUUGGACAGUGUCACCAUCGAUGGAUAUGUUGUUGCUUGUGCUGAUGGCUGUCAGGCCAUUGUUGACACUGGAACCUCCCUUGUUGUUGGACCUUCCAGUGACAUGAGCCGCUUAAUUGACUGGAUUGGUGCCACCACUGACCAACAUGGUGAUGCUCUCGUGUCCUGUGAAAAUGUCAACAACAUGCCCGACGUCACCUUCAAUAUCAACGGACAAGCUUUUACUCUCCCAGCGUCUGCCUAUGUCUCUGAGGUCGGCGGUGGUUGUAUGGCUGGCUUUGGUAAUGGUGGUACCCAACAGCUCUGGAUCCUGGGUGACGUUUUCAUCAGACAGUUUUACACUAUAUUUGACAGACAUAACAACAUGGUGGCUUUUGCUUCAUCUGCAUGA